AUUAAGGUACUGGAGAAACUGCUCAUCUUCCGAAUAUGGCGUGGCAUGUGGUCACGUGACAUCGCGUGAAAUUGUAUACAUCACGUGAUGUUCAACGACUUCGUCCGGCAGACAUUACCAAAAGAACGGUUGCUCCUCCUGCCAGUAUCGUCCGUCAUAAACGACCUUGUCAUAUCUUUCCACCGUGCGCUACUAUCACUAAACUACCACUUAGCUGCCGUCUCCCACUUCGCCUUGUUUCCGACAAGGCUACGAACCUCGGACUCCCCACACCGUCACGUCACGUCCGCAUUGCCCCUCCGACUGCGAAUAAACCACGCGCAAAUACACUACACGAACCAUGAAGGAUAACAACGGCUGGGACGGAAAGCUGCGGGUUGGACAGCACGCAGAAAUCACAAACCCGGAAGCUGUGGAGGACCCCGAAUAUUCGGAUCCAGAGGCGCCGCCUGUUGAAGAAAUCGAAGCCGAUGAGGAUUUACUUGAAGAUGAGGACCCGGAAACUGACCAAAUCGAUCUCGUACACUCUCGUAUAAGCUCAAUUCCCGCAUUGCAUCUGGAACGGUUUCCUAAGGUAGAGAGAUUAUGUCUCCGCCAGAAUCAAAUCCACCGAAUCGCAUUCCCUCCGGAAAUCGCGGAGAAGUUGAUCGACCUUGAUCUUUACGAUAACCUCAUUUCGCAUAUCAAAGGCUUGGACGACUUCCAUAAUCUCACUAGUCUCGACUUGAGUUACAAUAAGAUAAAGCAUAUCAAAAACGUGGCGCAUCUAACUAAGUUGACGGAUAUCUAUUUCGUGCAAAAUAAAAUUUCGAGAAUUGAAGGAUUAGAGAGUUUAACGAAGUUGAGGAAUCUUGAGCUUGGUGGCAAUAGGAUCAGGGAAAUCGAGAACCUCGACAGAUUAGAGUCGUUGGAGGAGUUAUGGCUUGGAAAGAACAAAAUCGUUGAAAUGAAGAACCUGGACCACCUCUCAAACCUUCGAAUCCUCUCAAUUCAAUCAAACCGACUCACCAGUCUCUUCGGUCUCUCCUCUCUCAAGAAACUCGAAGAACUCUACGUCUCCCACAAUGCCAUUACAGAUCUGAGCGGUCUCGAAAACAAUACUUCCCUGCGGGUGUUUGACUUCUCAAACAACCAAGUCUCCAAACUCGAACACUUAUCCAGCUUGGAGCAAUUGGAGGAACUGUGGGCGUCGAACAAUCAGUUAUCAAACUUCGACGAGGUCGAGCGCGAACUGAAAGAGAAGAAGAAUUUAGAAACAGUUUACUUUGAGGGCAAUCCGUUGCAGAUGAAAGGACCGGCCGUAUAUAGGAACAAGGUGCGGUUGGCGAUACCGCAUAUCAAGCAGAUCGAUGCCACAUUCGUGCGCGUGUGAGCUCGUAUAUGAGCAUCCGAUGUCUUGACCAAUGAUACAAAAUACUUUUUACAUCUAUAUCCUAGUUUCAUGUGUAAUUUUAGCUCUUCGGGAUCUGAGGGCCGAGCUCUUUCGCGAUAACCUAAUGGGUGGACUGCUCGCCAACUAUCCACAUCCCUCCCAGUGCAGAAAGGCCCCAUCUCUGCAUCCACUCCAUCUCCAUGACCCCUGCCGUAGUCACCGUCUCCAGUA